UUUCUUCUUUUCUUCCAGGUAAAGGGCCCAGGAAUUGGGCUUCUGGGCAUUUCUUUGGGAGCUGAUAUUUGUCUCUUAAUGGCCUCAUUCUUGAAGAACAUCUCAGCCACAGUUUCCAUCAAUGGCUCUGGGUUCAGUGGGAACCGAACCAUUCAAUACAAGCAGACUAGGAUCCCACCCUUGGGCUUUGACCUGAGGAGAACCAAGGUGGCUUUCUCAGGCAUUCUGGAUAUCGUAGAUAUACGGAAUGAUCUUGUAGGAGGGUAUAAAAACCCCAGUAUGAUUCCAAUAGAGAAGGCCCAGGGGCCCAUCCUCUUCAUCGUUGGCCAAGAUGAUCAUAACUGGAGGAGCGAGUUAUAUGCCCAAACGGCCUCUGACCGGCUACAGGCUCAUGGAAAGGGAAAGCCCCAGAUCAUCUCCUAUCCUGGGACUGGGCAUUACAUUGAGCCUCCCUACUUCCCCAUGUGCCCAGCUUCCUUGCACAUAUUGCUAAACAAAGCUGUAAUGUGGGGUGGGGAAAUGAGGGCUCACUCAAAGGCCCAGAUAGAUGCAUGGGAACAAAUUAUAUCCUUCUUUCGCAAACACUUGGGUACCCAGAAGAGGACUUCUAGAUUGUAAUACAUGUAUUAGUCUUUGUUGACAUGGAAGAUUCAAGGUCAAAUUGUAGUGUUUAGGUGAAUCAUUUUUUCCCAUAUUCAAUACUAAAUUCAUUCUUUAAAAUUAAUGCUAUGUUUUAAAUCACUUUGUUGAAUAGGUUUUAUUUGCCCAUACUGUAUUUUACUAAUGUAUCACAUGCUUAUCGCAGAAGAUUCAGACAUAUACAACACAAGGAAAUAUAAACACAUGCUUACUAUUAAAACUUACAUUUCCUUCUA